CCACUGUCCUUUUUAAAUAGCGCGGGAGUUUAAGUUAUCUUAUUGAAUUGCGCCUAUCGAUCCAUUCACCUAUGUUAGGAGUACAUUCAAGAUCGUGUAGCGUUUGUCGUUGUGUUCCGAAAUGGCAGUACCAAAAACUAUUGAGCAGGCUUUUCCAGGUCACAAACGAACCAGUUCUGUUGCAUAAACCUGAUAGUACGGAACGUCGGAAGUUGGAUAGUACGUUGGAUACUAUGAUUGUAAACGGGCCUUAUCAUGUGCCUAUAUGUAUUGAUUCAAACGAAUUAUCAUCCGGACAACCUCGAAGGCAGAUUUUGCCAUUUGAGCAUUCGAAAACACUGGUCAAUUUUUAUCAUGCCUCAGAAGAGCAAAUAAAAUAUGCAAUUGAGUCUUGUCUAAUGGCUCGUAAAACGUGGUCACGCACAAGUUUCGAUGAACGCGCUAAGAUAUUCUUAAAAGCAGCGGACCUUGUUAGCGAUAAAUAUCGCAUGGAAUUGUUGGCAUCAACUAUUCUCGGUCAAGCGAAAACAAUUUUUCAGGCUGAGAUUGACGCAGCUGCAGAAUUAGCAGAUUUUUUGCGUUUUAAUGUGAAAUUUGCCUCAGAAGCUCUGCAAUAUAAACCAAUCAAUACCCAGGAUGCAAAGAAUGAAGUAGUUUACCGAGCAAAUGAAGGGUUUUGGGCUGCUAUACCACCAUUUAAUUUUACCGCUAUUGCAGGGAACCUAGCAAGUGCCCCAGCUUUAAUGGGGAAUGUUGUGAUUUGGAAACCCGCUGAUACAUCCAUAUAUUCUAAUUAUCUUGUUUACAGAUUAUUCCGCGAAGCAGGUUUACCCCCUGGUGUAAUCAACUUUGUCCCUGCAGAUGGCCCAACAUUUGGUAAAAUAAUUUGUGAACAUCCUCAACUUGCUGGUAUCAACUUCACUGGAAGCACGAAAACUUUUCGUGCUAUAUUGAAAAUGAUUGGCGACAAUGUUGAUAAGUAUCGUGGUUAUCCAAGAACUAUAGGUGAAUGUGGCGGCAAAAAUUAUCAUUUUAUCCAUCCAUCUGCAAACUUGGAAGAAGCUGCUCUCGGCACUAUCCGAAGUUCAUUUGAAUACUCUGGUCAAAAAUGUAGCGCAUGUAGUCGACUUUAUGUGCCAGAAAAUUUAUGGCCAAAAUUUAAACAACUUUUACUUGGUCAUCAUGAACAAUUAAAAAUCGGAUCACCACUUGAUUCAGAUACAUUUUCAUCUGCAGUUAUUGAUCAUACUGCAUUCAAUAAAAUCUCUGGCUAUCUACAAUACGCAUCCAGUUGUCCAGAUGUUGAAGUUGUCGCCGGUGGUCAUAGAGAUGACAGCGUUGGUUACUUUAUUCAACCUACAAUUUUGCUUACUAAUAAUCCAACAGAUAAGUUAAUGAAGGAUGACAUUUUUGGACCGGUUUUAUGCACAUAUUUAUAUCGUGAAAAUGAAAUUGAGAAAACCUUAGAUCUUGUUGAUUCAACUACGGAUUAUGCAUUAACUGGUUCUAUUUUUGCUCAGGAUGAAGAAUUUAUUAAGUAUGCAACUGAUCGCCUUAUCGAUACAACUGGUAAUUUUUAUGUAAAUGUUCAAUCAACUGGAUCUGUAGUCGGUCAACAACCAUUUGGCGGAGCUAGAUUAUCAGGUACAAAUGAUAAGGCCGGUGGACCUCAAUACACUUUAAGAUUCACUUCUCCGCUUUCGAUUAAAACACAAAUCAAACCCAUCCCAUCAUGGAAACAAGCACAUAUGAUUGACUAAGUUGUUUGAUUCACUUUUACUAUUUGGAAAUUACUCAUUGUAUAAGGCCUAAUCGUUGAACCGUCCUUAUACUUAUUAUUUCAACAAAAUGUUUGUACUCUUUUUUAAUUUUACAUGUAAUAAAUUUUAUACUUUUCGA